CAAGAGCCCUUGCCAAACUUCUGCUUUUCCUUCCUGAUCUGAAGGCAGUCAGAGGCGAGAGAUGUCGUCUGCUUCGUCUGACCUGGAGGCUGAGCUGCUGUGUUCCAUCUGCCUGGACGUGUACCACGAGCCGGUGCUGCUGGGCUGUGGGCACAACUUCUGUUACGAGUGCUUGAGCCGACUGUGGGACAGCCACACCAAUGGGAAAAGCUUCUCCUGCCCAGAGUGCCGGGUCGAGUACCAGGAGCGGCCUGCCCCUCAGAAGAACCUGAAGCUGUCCAGUAUCAUCGAGCGCUACCGGGCUAACCGGACCCCACACCAUUGCUCAGAUGGCUGCCCACACCACGGCCAGCCCUGGAAAUACUACAGCCGACAGAAGAGCUGCUGUCUGUGUGAGUCGUGCUUGAUGGAGGGAGGCCAUAAAGCGGGUCCUGGCCUGCAGCCCCUAGAUGAGGCCCUGGCGAGAAGGAAAGCCGCCCUGCAGGAAGAAACGGCCAGGCUGAGACGGUCGCAGGUGGCACUGAGCAGCUCGCUGGGCUGGCUGCAGGAAGCACAGGCCAAGCUGCGGGCGGACAGGAGCCGACUGCGGGAGCAAGUGCUGGGGCUCUUCGCUGACAUCAGGAACUUGGUGGCAGAAGAAGAGAAGAGUGUGCUGGCUGCCAUUGACAGAGAGGAGCGUCUGGAGGCAGCCAGGCUGGAGGAGCGCGUGCAGGACCUGGAGGGGAAGCAGUGGGCUGUGACCAAAGCCCUGCAGAAAGCGGUCUCGGCCGCCACUCUCACGCUUGAUGAGGAUGCGCCCACUGUCAUGGGGACACUCCAGACAGCUUUGGAGCAGCUCUUGGCGGCCAAUGUGCGUGUUAACCCCUGCACGGUGCACCGGAGGGAACUGGACAGGGGUACCAUCAGCCAGACGGGCAAGGAGGUGGCCAGUUUUAUGAGACGUGUGGGCCAGAGCAUCACCAGCUGCAGCAGCACCGGGCACAAGCAGCACAUCUUGGUGCAGAUGGUACCAGCAUCCCCGACUUUGGACCGAAACCCUAGAGCAGAACCGAAUCACCUCCAGCCAGCCCAGCUCACCCUGGAUGUUAAUACUGCCCACCGCAAUCUCCUCCUGUCCAGGGACUUGCAGGCCGCUGAGUGGACAGAAAAGUGCCAGCCUUACCCGCCGCGCCCGGAGCGCUUCAAACUACAGCCACAGGUACUGUGCACCCAGGGAUUCACCACAGGCAGCCACUUCUGGGAUGUGGAGCUGACGGGCACCAAGAGAUGGGAGGUGGGUGCCACCUGUAAGGGGCCUGGCAACACAUGGGUGGACUCAUGCAUAUCCUGGGUGCUGCGCUGGGAUGGUCGGCAACUGCAGGCUUUCCAAGGCAGUACCCGCUACUCGUGCCAGGCCCAGAGUCAAGCCAUGACAGCGCCCUUCAAGCUGAGGGUGCGUCUGGAAUGUGAGCGCAAGACCAUUUCCUUCUACGAAAUUGGCAGCGAGGCUGGGCAGUGGGAGGGUGACGGGCAGGUGCUGCAUGUGUUCAACAUUAGACUGUGCGGCCCGGUCCACCCCGGCUUCUACUUGGACCAUGCCAGCGUCAGACUUCUAUGAAGCGAGGGGUUUCUUGAGAUUCGCUACCAGUCAGAACCUGCUGCCAAGUUUCAGGGAGAACAGGCAUCAGUGUGCCAAACAUCUGUGCCCGCAGAAGACCGGCAGAAAGGAUUCACAUGUGGAAAUGCCCUCCGGUGAUGGGUGCUUGGACAAGAUUCAGUAGCUGUGCAGCUGCCCCGUGUGUCGGCCAUGCCUCCCAUCAUUCCUAGAGAACAGGAUGCAUAUCAAAGUGGUCAGCCGUGUCAUGUGACACCUUAAGUAUUGAUGCUACACAGAAAUUAAUGGAUCAUAGGUCAUAGUUCACCCACAAGACUGGGGCAGCCUUAACCGACCUCCUGAUGCCACAGUGCUACAGUGAAAUCUGCAGUACAUGCUGUGGUCACUAGGGGCAGCACUGGACAAAGACUACAACCCUGCCACCAGACCUAGUAGAUUAGAGUGGCCACACGGGGAUACUCGGUGAGCUCACAGACUGAACUUUGGAGGUGAAGAGAGGCCAGCAUGAAAGUCACUGGGUGAGUGGAGUCACCCUCCUGAGCCUGCGAGAGGUGGCCAGGACCAGUUGAUGGGGAGGUGGGCCACUGGCCUGUCUGGUAAGCACCUUUGGUUGGUCUCCACUGGCUGGGAAUUCCUCAGGAAGAGCUGAAAUCUGGAGCUGGGAACAGGGAAGUCUAGGCUGAACCUGCAUGGCCCGCUUCCACUCUGACCCUCACAAGGAGAAGCAGAUUGAGAAGAUGAGAUGAGAUGGUCAUAAAUAAAAUAUCCCCAAGUGUAUGUGACUUGUCAUCUCCUGGGGGGUAAAUAUACACGUCUGGAUUCACAUACCAUUUAAAAAGAAUUCCAAAUGAUACUGGGGGCUUCGCACCCCCAGUCGCAGGUGCCAGUGACUGGAAUAUGCCACCAGAAAGCUGAAUGUGCCAGCCUGACACUCAUGUUAAACAGACUGCCAUAUUAGAAGUGUCUCAUAUAAUCAGCCAAGAAUGCUAUCAGUGCCCAAGGGGUAGCAUCUUAAAUAUUUAGCCAGGGUGCCAUCACACUCCAAGUGCUAAUAUUUCAUUAAACACUUUGCCAUCAUUCCGUUCCUGUCAUCUUAUAAACAGAAUAUGGUGCAGUUGGUAUGUUUAGUCAAAAGGGAAUGGAAUCUCGUAAGAAUGCCACUCUGCAGAAUAUGGUGCCAGUCUGCCAGCUGUGCCAUAGCUUUGACUUCUGUGCUUAGCAAGUUGUUUGCUUGGCUGAACGCCGUGACCACAAUGGGGCUCGUUUGUGUGUGUGUGUCCCGUUAAGCCCACCACAGUGCCCUUUACUGGACUGUCAGUGUUAAAGUCUGAUAUGUGCAUGCCACACAACAAGAUCCCAGCUGUGCCAUAACAGUAGUGUCAACAUGUAGCAGGCCAGGGCCACGUGUAGAAAGAUUCUGAAAUGUGUUGCAUCUGUUUAUUAUUGAGUGCCUUUCACCUAACUAUGGAUCUGUUAUAUAGUGUCUUUAAAGUCUGCCUAGCUUGGAUACAAAGACUUCAAAAUCAACACAUCUGUCAUUUUGUGACUUCCAAAAGUAUCCGUCUGUUUUAUAAGGUUCCUUAAUGUAUAUAUUAUAUAGUGCCAUUCAUACCUGUCCAUGUGUUUUAUAAGGUCCCAGUCUGUCAGUGAAAUAUAGCAAUAUAGUUCUAUAUAGUGCCUUUAAAUGCUCUGUAUUGUGUCUAGCUGUUUAUUUGUUGUAUAGCGCCUUUCCUAUUGAUCAGGCUGUUAUGCAGUGCCUUUAAAAAUUUGAUGGUAUCAGUUUAGAUUAGCUGUCCCUAAU